AUGGUUGAAGUUUUAAUAAUGACACCUAAAAAUUUGAGAAAUCACGUGUCAGUUCACCCGAAAUCGACCACGGUAGAUGCUAAAUCUCGUUGCAAAAUUAACGUGAGAUUGAUACCUGAAUCGAAUAUUCUUACUUCUUCCAAACGAUUCUACAAUCCAGUGUCCAACAUAUUAGAAUUUCCGAUCAAAGUGCAAAUCUUGUCCCAAGAUUCCCAAGAGAGACCACCGCCAUUGAUAAUGAAAACCAUCGCCAGUCUAACACCUUGUAACGGUUUGAUAUUAGAACCGGCGAGUAUCGAUCUAGGAUUCGUCCACACACACGAAUCUGUCUACGCGGAAUUAACACUGACGAACGAGUCUCUGUUGAUUCAAGAGUACGCUUUUAUAGAUCUUCCGUUGUCUGCAGAUAUACAACCGAACAACUACGGAUUCAUUCUUCCUGGGGAAACAAUCAAGCUUCAUUUGAUCUAUUCCCCUUGCCCGACAGAUAUUUCUGGCAACAAAAUUGGGGCGAAUGGAUUGGCUGGUCAACGAAAAUUUCUAGUGGAAGUUUUCACCUUGGCCGAGCUUGCUGGGAAAAAGAAACAAGCGAUGCUGAAUCAAUUGAAGAAUCGGAUGAACAAGCAAAUGGCGAUUUUUGAAUAUCGGGGGAUUCCGCCUCUGUUCCAUAUAAAUCUGACCAAAUCGAAAAUAGUGCGUCAACUUAUCGAUCGAGACAAUAAUAACAACCUUAAAGAUGACUCGGAGCCGAAGGACAAGCAUUCUUGCGACGAGGAAGAGAAGAAGAGAUUGUUAGAUGACACGGUGAAAAUGUAUGAUCUGAUCGAUGAGAGGAAGCAGAAAAAUUUGAUCGAGGUUUACGCGUACAUCAUAGAUACUUUCUGCGAGUUGAGCGAACAAAUCAUACAAUUUCCCGCGACGCCUUGUGGAUCGUAUUCCAUGGUGUCCGUUCAUCUGAGAGGAUUCAAUUUGGCCUCUUAUCCUUAUUGCACCUGCGGAAUCAUCAAGGAGCAACGCAAAAAGUUCACGGGUUGCUACGAAUUCACCAGCUCCUCGAACAGGAUGGACAUUAUACCGCAGUCUGGCGUUUUGCAGAACGAUGAAAUUAUUAAUAUUAACUUUAUGUUCAGACCAAAAUUACCGAAGAAAAUGAUCUUCGAGGAAGGUCUCAGAUUAAAGAUGAACAUGGAGGAGGUUCAUGAAAAUCAUGAGGAGGUAAAGUUUGAAAAAGAAGAAAAAUUGAAGAAAGGUAUUUGGUUAUUGUAA